UUUCCCCUCUUCCUCCCACCCCCACCCUGCUCACCCCUUGUGUCUGUUUCGCCCCUCCCUGCUGCCGUUUCCCCCGCUCCCCUCCCUUGCUGUUUCCCACCUCACACCCCUCGUUUCCCCUCUUUCUACCUUCGCCUGCUCCCUUCCCAGGUUUGCAGGCUCCAGACGCAAGCUCUCAGAUGUGAGUAUAGCGGGUGGUGACACAACAGAGUCAGAGGAGGCACCAGCUGAGGCAGCAAGACCCCAGCCCACACUAGCAGAGGACAGGGAAAGCAAGGCUGUGGCAGCUGGCAGCAGUGCAGUAGGCAAGGGGUCUGGAAGGACGGCAAGCGAGGCUGGGAGGAAGGGUGUGACUGGUGCUGGUGGGAGCAAGUGCAGCAAGCAGGCAGCUUGA